AUGGUGGUGAACAACAAGGUUGAGACCCUGGCGUUCGACCUGGAGGCGGGGCACGGGCCCGGGGCGAAGGCGGUGGCGGAUUCGGGGGCGCGUCAGCAGCAGCAGCGGCAGGCGGCGCCGGCGGGGAUGGUGCAGGUGGAGCUGCACAAGGUGUCGGCGCCGGAGCAGCGGACGACGGCGCGGGCGCUGGGGCAGCGGCUGGCGGAGAUCUUCUUCCCCGACGACCCCCUGCACCAGUUCAAGAACCAGUCGCUCGCCCGGAAGCUGGUGCUCGCGCUGCAGUACUUCUUCCCCAUCUUCCACUGGGGCUCCAACUACAGCCUCCGCCUCCUCCGCUCCGACGCCGUCGCCGGCCUCACCAUUGCCAGCCUCGCCAUCCCACAGGGCAUCAGCUACGCCAAGCUCGCCAACCUGCCGCCCAUCAUCGGCCUAUAUUCGAGCUUCGUGCCGCCGUUGAUCUACGCGCUGCUGGGGAGCUCGCGGGACCUGGCGGUGGGGCCUGUAUCCAUCGCGUCGCUGGUGAUGGGGUCCAUGCUCCGGGAGGCGGUGGCGCCGGAGCAGCAGCCCAUCCUGUACCUGCAGCUGGCCUUCACCGCCACCUUCUUCGCCGGCGUCUUCCAGGCCUCGCUGGGCUUCCUCCGCCUCGGGUUCAUCGUCGACUUCCUCUCCAAGGCCACGCUCACCGGGUUCAUGGGCGGCGCCGCCGUCAUCGUGUCCCUGCAGCAGCUCAAGGGCCUCCUCGGCAUCGUCCACUUCACCACCCACAUGGGCUUCGUCGACGUCAUGGCCUCCGUCGUCCGCCGCCACAGCGAGUGGCAGUGGCAGACCAUCGUCAUGGGCGUCGCCUUCCUCGCCAUCCUCCUCGGCACACGCCAAAUCAGCGCUCGGAAUCCACGGCUUUUCUGGGUGUCGGCGGCGGCUCCCCUGACGUCGGUGAUUGCCUCCACCGUCAUCUCCUACCUCUGCAGAGGCCACGGCAUCAGCAUCAUCGGCGACCUCCCGAGGGGAGUGAACCCUCCAUCCAUGAACAUGCUCGUCUUCAGCGGCUCCUACGUCGCCCUGGCCGUCAAGACCGGGAUCAUGACCGGCAUCCUGUCCCUCACCGAGGGGAUCGCGGUGGGCCGGACGUUCGCGUCGAUCAACAACUACAACGUGGACGGGAACAAGGAGAUGAUGGCGAUCGGGGUGAUGAACAUGGCGGGGUCCUGCGCCUCCUGCUACGUCACCACGGGCUCCUUCUCCCGCUCCGCCGUCAACUACAGCGCCGGGUGCCGGACGGCGGUGUCGAACAUCGUCAUGGCCUCCGCCGUCCUGGUGACGCUGCUCUUCCUGAUGCCGCUGUUCCACUACACCCCGAACGUGAUCCUGUCGGCCAUCAUCAUCACCGCCGUGGCCGGGCUGAUCGACGUCCGCGGCGCCGCCAAGCUGUGGAAGGUGGACAAGCUGGACUUCUGCGCGUGCGUGUCCGCCUUCCUCGGCGUGCUCCUCGUGUCCGUCCAGGUCGGGCUGUCGAUCGCCGUGGGCAUCUCGCUGUUCAAGAUCCUGCUGCAGGUGACCCGGCCCAACACCGUCGUCAUGGGGCUGGUCCCCGGCACGCAGAGCUACCGCAGCAUGGCGCAGUACCGCGAGGCCGUGCGCGUGCCGCCGUUCCUCGUCGUCGGCGUCGAGUCGGCCAUCUACUUCGCCAACUCCACCUACCUGGUGGAGCGGAUCAUGCGGUACCUCCGAGAGGAGGAGGAGCGCGCCGCCAAGGCCAACCUCUGCGGCGUCCGCUGCAUCGUCCUCGACAUGAGCGCGGUGACGGCGAUCGACACGAGCGGGCUGGACGCGCUGGCGGAGAUGAAGCGGGUGCUGGACAAGCGGGGCAUCGACCUGGUGCUGGCGAACCCGGUGGGGUCGGUGACGGAGAGGAUGUACAACUCGGUGGUGGGGGACACGUUCGGGUCGGACCGCAUCUUCUUCAGCGUCGCCGAGGCCGUCGCGGCGGCGCCGUACAAGGCGCAGCCCUGA